AACGUUCCACCUUGGCUUUUAUGCUAUUUGAAAAUGCCUGGAAAUAUUACAACACGUUAUAAAGACUUUAAAAUAUAAAUAAAUAUUGAGUGAAAUGUUGUUAAUAGUUUAACUAUAAAUGAUUCAAGCUUGCAGGUUGUAAAUAUACAAUCAGAAUAUAAAUAAACUUUUUCGAUAUUAUAGUUAACUUUUUAAUCAUAGUAUGCGAGAAGUAUCUCGUAAUUCGAGAUAUUUUCACAUACUAAGAGCGUCAAAGAGAAGAAAUUUUAAGAUCGAAUUAUUAUAUUUCUCUUAUUUUAGAUAUUAAAAGAAUCCUGGUUUUACAAUCAAUGAAUUCUUUCUUAUAUAUCGUUUUAAUCAUAAAAUAACAAACCACGAAAUUAUCGUUUUAUUCGAUUAAAAAUAAUGAGAUUAUAUUAUCCAUCUAUGACGAUAUUUACAAUGAAUUUCCAACACCGAAAUAUUUUCGAAUUAUAGUACUCGAGACAAAAAUAUAAGAAUUUAAAACAUUGAUACAUAUCAUAUAUGAAAGAAAGAAACAGAGCCCUAUUAAACAAAUUAGAUGAUUGCAAUCAAGUAAUGUCGAAAUUUACCAAAGUCCCGACGAAGCAGAAGGCAAAGACAAUAGCGAGGAUCUUCAUCUUCCUUACUGAGUUGUCGAGGAGCUCGGGUACAAUCAUUAAUAAUGACACGUCCUAUAAUUUCUCCCUCCAUUGGGUGCCCGCAAGCGGUACUGUAUUUUUCGGAUCGAAAUAUACCGAUAUUUCGCCUCUUGCCAGCUAUCAGAACACAUGUGCUAGAAAAGAGAACGGUUGUUAACAUCUAAAGAAGAACAAAAAUAUAUCUAGAUAAUUUAUUCCGUUUUUAGAAGCAUUUGAG